AUGCAGCCAGAAGCUCCUCACGAAGCAUCAAUGCUGCAGCCAGCCGACUUCGAUGACAACGACCCCCGUUUUUUUAUGCAGCUAGCGCUCGACGAGGCUAAGAAGUGCAUACCAUCGCAAACAGCCUUUUCGGUAGGAGCUGUGCUUGUAGAUAACACAGUUCGUCCCUACAAGAUCCUAGCAACCGGCUUUUCCCGCGAACUCGAAGGUAAUACACAUGCGGAGGAAGUAUGCUUUACGAAACUGAUGGAAGAGACCCCGCUCUCUGGGGAUGAAAAGGAGUACACCAUCUACACCACUAUGGAACCCUGUUCAGAAAGACUGAGCGGUAAAAAACCCUGCGUUGAUCGAAUAAUUGAUUUCGGAAGAGUUUCAACAGUAUAUGUUGGGUGUCAAGAGCCGUCGACUUUCGUGACUGAGAACACAGCAACCUCAAAAUUAGCAGAACGAGGUAUUCGGUAUCUGCUAGUUGAUGGCAUGGGCUCCGAAUGCCGAAAUGUCGCGACGAAGGGACACCUUGGUUCUCCAUCUGGUACCGAUUCCAAAUAG